AUGGGGCAGUUGUACUGGCAGCGUCAGAAUUGGCUGGUUCUACGGAAGCUCCUGCCCGACACCUUCUACAUUGUCAAGGUGCAGUCGUUGUCCAUCUCACGCGCUGGCCAAGAGAGUGAAAGCAGUCCGGCACAGCUCUACUUUGUCACGCCGAAAGCGCCCGAAAGUCUGUCUCGAAACGAGACAGCCGGUGGCGACAAAAAACUGGCGCAUCUGGGACGCAGUAGCCAAGGCCAAAGAACCCAGCCGUAA